UCCGAGCUAUGUCGAUUUUUCGUCUCUUUCGUCUCGUACUUUUCGUGUGAACGCGCGUGUGAAUAUGUGUCUGUAAAUUCAGUGCAAAUCCAGUGAAGUAUAUGUACAUGAGGGAAAUUUGUUUACAUUGUAUCUACGUGUUUUUGGAAUCCAAUAUGUUCGUAAAGAAUUCUUAGUAACAUGCCCACAAUUUCACCUAUUAAAACUAUAUUAGGUCUUAUCCUAUGUCUUUUACGUAUUAUACGCUCUUAUUGUACAUGGAUCAGUGAUUUCUAAACUGCGAGAAUAGAUAUACCGGUGAAAUCAGUUUUGCGCGCUGCUAAGUGCAUGUGGUGCUCGCGCGCAAGCGCAUUCAGUUGGCGCGCUCUCGCUCUACCAUAUUUCCUCGUGUUGUACAUAUGUAAAGUAUUCUGGCAGUAAGUUUUGUUAAUGAAACGGCAAUGUGCGAAGGACAGCGUGUUCUUUUGUAUCGCUCAGCCUUGUAAAUCGCGUAGAAUUCUAUUUUAACAUUGUGUAACUGUGUUUAGGAAAGAAGAAACGCGAUUAAUUUCUAGGCAAUUUAUAGAAGUUAAUCAUUUAUUCACAGUAGAAUAUUAUUGCGUGUAAAACAUGUCGAUAAUAUCUGUGGCAAUAUUCCUAAAGAUGUGUUCAAUGAAAUUCAAGGUGCGUGAUUUUCUUCAGUUCGAGAAAUCUUUUGUUCUUAAUUAUAACUUCCAAAAUACGUAUCUUUAUCGGGACCUAAUUAUAGAGCCUCUUCAAGGAUGUAUUUAACAUUAGAGACACUUCGAACGGCUCAGUGAAACCUAAACCAAAAGUCCGCCGGCUAAUUGGCAUGGCUACGCGACGUCUUUCCAGUCCAGAGCCAGUCUCGCCAUCUAUAGACAAAGAAAAUAACAGUCCGCAUGGCACUAGCCCGCAAAAGAUCGUCGGUACAAAAAGGACCCGUCAUCCUCUAGAAGAUUGCGAUCCGAAUAGCCAAGAUAGCGGAUAUGGAGCAAGCUUCAUUGAGAAAGAGGAAAAAUCGAGGCGAGAUAGAUUUCGAUUUGCGGAGCCCCUGGCCGUUGCUCCACGUCGAAUGUCUAUCGAAUCUCGGAGUCCGAUGGAGUCGCCGGUACGAUCAUCGCCACACCGAGCGCGAAUCGCACGAUGUUCCCUCUUUCGAAGCAUCUCAUCCGGUUACGAGAGUAUGGAUGAUGGGUUCAACGAUCUGGUAGAUACCGAGAAUUUGGACGAUGCGACGCAAUUACCGAAUGGUAUCACCACUUUACUCUGCGGCAAUAUCGUCGGUGCCGAGAUCGCGAAUACAUCAACGAAUCCUGACUUAAGUAAUCAGAGCACGCCCGAGCAUUCACGUACCUACGGCGGCACAAGCGGAAGCUUCAGACGCUCAUUGUCAUUGCAAUAUGAAAAGGAAAGUCAGAAGAUCUCGUCGCUUUCGAAAGUACGUUCCUGUUUGUUUCGUUCUCCGAAUGCGAAUUCAUCGACUAAGACUCUAGAUUUCGACGAUGGUAGCCCACUAGCGACGACUAUACCCGUUGCACGACGUCGGCGAAUCGAUGAAAUUACCGACGAGAACACCGACGCAGAUACUUUCAAUUUGCCGUUUGCUCGAGCUUCGAAGCGGCAUGAACCACUGAUGAACGAGAGCCCGAGACUAGUCAAGAGAUCACGAAGAUCCAACAACUUCUUUGAAGCCGUCAAAGAUUGUAGCAGUGGUGAAGCCAUGAUGUUCGAGAUGCCAAAGUGUAGGUCGUUACAGAAGAGCUUUUCUACGUCAGGAAUAGAGACGGCAGCUGUAAUAGAAACGAUAUCGACGAAAAUGGAAAUAGAGAUGAAAAUGGAAACGGACAUAGAAAUGGAGACAGAAACGGAAACCGGGACAGAGACAGAAGUGUCCUCGGAAUUGGAAGCACACGCGCACAUCAAAUCUGCCAUUCAUCGCAGCGUCACCGAUACCGAUCUCACAGGAGAUUUCAGCAAACCAUGCGUCCUGCCAUUAGCUGUUGGUCAUCACGAAGAUUUAAAAUCGAUUUCAGUCGAUACCUUAGCCGCUUUAAUACGUGGAGAAUUUAACGAUAGAAUUAAUUCGUUCGAAAUCGUAGAUUGCCGUUAUCCGUACGAGUUCGAUGCAGGUCACAUUCAAGGUGCUCUAAAUCUUUACAGUAAAGAUCUCAUCGAGCAAUCCCUAUUAGAUCCACUGAAAAAUACACCUGAAAUUGAACCAGAUACGAGUAAAAGAAAUAUUCUAGUGUUUCAUUGUGAAUUUUCGUGGGAACGAGGUCCAAAUCUCUCACGAUUUCUACGAAGUUUGGAUCGUCAACGUAACAAGGAAUAUUAUCCCGCUCUCUAUUAUCCGGAAGUUUAUUUGCUGCAUGGCGGAUAUGAGCAAUUCUACAGGGAACAGAAGGAAUUGUGUUCGCCACAGGGUUAUCGACCGAUGAGCCAUCCUGAUCACCAAGCCGAUCUCAGACAAUUCCGAAGCAAAAGUAAAAGCUGGCAAGGUGAAAGAUUAAGAUUUAAUGGUUGUGCAACGCGUAGUAAUCUGAAACGUCUAGGUUUUUAGAUAAAUCUCCAUUUUCCUCGUUAUCGUUUCUGUCAUUUACCUGACCUCCUCUGUUAUCUCUCUCCUCUUUUCACUUUCCUUCUUAUCUUUCUUUUACCAUCUCUUUUCUUUUCUUUCCUCGUUCCUCUCGUCUUUAUUCUGUUUUCCUAUAAUUAGCAAUCGAUACGCUCGAGAUAGAGAAUUUGCAGAAAAUUGUAUAAAGGUGCAAAUUUAAAAGUUAAAAUAAUGACAAAGUGGAAUAGGAAAAAGGAAAAGGUUUUCCUUUUUGCGCGUGAAAUUUGUACGAUCGUUCCUACAUAUUACUGUAAAUAAUAGUAAUUCCUUUAAUUUGCGAAUACGCUUAAUUUUUUUUAGUUAAUCAGUUAUAAAGAGAUGAUAUAAAGAGCAUGUACACGCGUACGAUAAAGGACAACGACAGCAAAAAUAUCAAGUUAAUGCGAAGAAGGUCACAUUACCAAAACAGUAUUAAUACGAAAAUUGAAGUAAAACAGUCGUAGAAUAAAAUUGUAUCGUAAUACUCUCGGAUAGGAUUCUCAUUCAUACCCAUUCGAUAUCGUAUUUUCAUCAGAUUUGCACGAUCUUGAAAUGUUUUCGCAUAAAAACUGAUUGCAAACAUCGUCGUUGUUUCCUGAUAUUCUUGUUCGCCAAAGUUUAGCGCAUAUGUGUACACCAGUGUAAAGAAAUUAUGUUUAAGUGGGUUACAUUGACUAAAGAAGGGUGUAGAGCAAUUGUUUAUGAAGAAAUGAAUAUAUCUUUAAAUGUGCAAGCUUGUACGAAUGUUGUAUAUGGAUAGUUUAUGUUGUAUGACGUACGUAUGAUGUGUAUACAUGUACAUAACGCAUGUGCGCGUAUGCGUAUAUGUAGGAAGAUAUGUAGAAAAAUCAAAUGUCUCCAUUUAGUCUGUGUAUAGUGCAUUAUUUCAUUAUAAUAUAGCAUUAAAAUAAUUUUGUUUCUGCA